UAGGCGGAAGUACCGUACGCAUACGGGCGGUGCAUGCACGAGAAGACUGUCUCUCCACAUCCGAAGCCAAUGAUUGUCUAACAUUUGCUGUUUGAUUUAUCUAACUUCGAAGUUCCAGCUAGGGUAAUUGUUGGUGAUAAUUGAGGAGAAGGAAUUAAUAAGAAAGGUAAACAAAUACCACACUGAAACUACCGUAAAUGAUUGAGGUACCAGUGUCGGCAGUGAUCUACUCUCACUCAACAAUCAAGUACCGGUACCGUAUAUAGAAUAUACUCCGACCGUGAUUUCGCUCAUGUGAUACAUUUCAGUGUAUCUGUUGGGGGAAAAAAGAGACAAAUUUGAGUGAGUAAAGAUGGCCGAGCCAUCAGCCCCUCCCAGCUACUUGGAGGCUACUACUGAUCAGCAGUACCCCCCUGGACAGCCUGGAGUGACCCCAUAUCCUCCUGCACAAGGAGCCCCUUACCAGGGUGGAGCAUACCCACCAGCCACAGGACAAGCAUACCCUCCUGCAGGGGGUGCAGCUUACCCACCACAAACGGAAGGUGCAGCAUACCCCCCACCAACAGAAGGUGCAGCAUACCCCCCACCAACUGGUCAGGCUUACCCACCCAAGUCUACUCCAGCACCACAGCAAGCUGGCUAUCAGUCUGCACCUCCACCAGCAAGUUAUGGAGGAGGUGGAUCUCCCGGUAGUGAUGUAGAAGAAGGGUUCUCUGCAGGAAGAGGGUUCAACAACAAGGCCAUCCGAGCUGCUUUCAUCAAGAAGGUGUAUUUCAUCCUCUUCAUCCAGCUGCUAGUGACCUUUGGAAUUAUUUGCGUCUUUGUUUUUGUGGAGCCUGUCAAUGGCUAUGUGAGGACUAACAGUUGGCUGUAUUGGUGCUCUUAUGGACUGUUCUUGGUGAUGUACUUCAUGCUUGCCUGCUGCCCUAGUGUUCGCAGGAAGUACCCUGGGAAUGUCAUUGCACUGGCAGCUUUUACUCUCUGUCUUUCGUACAUGGCGGGAACUAUUUCAAGCUACUAUGGUCCUAAUGCUGGUCAGUCUGUCUUGGUCUGCAUGGGUAUCUGUGCGGGAGUUACUCUUGGAGUGAGUCUGUUUGCAAUCCAGACACGCUUUGAUUUUACAUCCUGCGGAGGAUUUCUCUUUGUUUUCAGCCUCUCUCUUUUCCUCUUUGGAUUCAUUGCCAUCUUUACACGCAGCAAUGUUCUCUAUACAGUUUAUGCGUGGCUGGCAGCUUUGUUAUUUACCAUGUUCCUUGCGUACGACACCCAGCUACUGAUUGGAGGUCGGCGUUACGAGCUGGAUCCUGAGGAAUACAUAUUCGGUGCUAUGAACCUGUAUGUGGACAUAGUAUACCUGUUCCUCAUCAUCCUUUCCCUGUUUGGUGGGAGUAAGUGAUCUUAGGAUCUGGCUCUACCCACAGAGUCAUCAUCAUUCCCCUAUUGGGAAGGUGGGAAAAGUGAUCAUGUGACCUCUUAAGCUGAUCAGGUGAUUCUUUCAUCGUAGAUAAUGAAUAGUUUGAUGAGUCAAGCUCUAAUAUCAGUUCACAUGCACACUAGUGAAUCACAGUGCAUAUAUUGGGAUAAAAAAUGACUUAAGAUUUAGUAGUGAAAAUUCUAUCACCUGUAAUAGUCAGUAGAAUUUGAAUAUAUCUAUUAAGUGUAAAAUCUUUGGGGAAAGGUAAUAGUUUUUGUUGUAUAAUACCACAAUAUGAAUAUGGAUGUAGAGGAGUAUCCCAGUGAUUUCAUGUCAGUUUAUGGGAAAUUGUUUCAUUAUCAUUGUCUGUCAAAAAUAGUUCAUUUUCUUGUAGUACAUGUAGUAGUCAGUAAGACUGGAUGAAUGCCUUCUCAAAUAAAUGUUUAUAAUUUUCCUUAAUUUCAUAAUCCCCUAAGUAGCUAGCCAUGUAUAAUGCUGAGAGUGCAAAAUAUUAAGAAAUAGCAUGGUUUACUUGAUUUCACGUAUCAUGUCAUAUGUAUAUAGUCACUUACACUGUCAUGUACUAUAGAAUAAAUUUAUAUAUAAAUAUAUUAGUAUAUUAAGUGUUUAUUUUAUGAGAUGUUCAGGGUUGACAUACAUUUGUGAUGAAAUAUUUGCAAAUAGGAAAGGGUAAUAUAGAGUCAUAUAGUCAGCUACGAGAGGAUUAAAUGUUAAUGCAAUGAUUACUGAAUUUCGGUGCACCCUUUAUCAAAGGCCAAGUCCAUCCCAACAUCUACUUGUAUUGAAUUGAAAAGAAAAGAAAAAGAAAUCAAGCAAGUAUAUUUUGAAAUUUAAUCAAAAUUGAAUUUUCAAAUCAGAAAUUUACAUGAUUUCGUCAAGAAAACAUUAAAAUGUAUAACAUGAUAAUUAAAUGUAUACCAAACAGGGAACUGUUCAUAUCUUAUUCAUGCUAUUGAUUUUUGUAUUCCUAUAAAUGUCAAAUGUUUGUUUGGACUCCACAUGGUUCGUGUAAGAUCAUUGCAAUUUGUAAUUCAGUGGAUUUUAAACUUAAUUGUCACAAAGAUAAAGUCAGGGAGUGACUGAUAAAAUAUGGUAAUGCCCCAAGUAGGUGGGAGCAAUAGAUUGUCAUACUAGCCAUUGAUAUGAAAGUGUAUUCCUUAUUGCAGGUAUAUAACAAAGGAAAUGGUUUUCAAGAUUCUUUCAAAAGGGCAGCAAGAUCUCAAAUUGCAUUCUGCAUUUUAUUGGCAGACAACACAGUUAAAUAUAUUCAAACAUAACACAUUGAAAUUGUGUUGAUGUAACAUUGUAAGUUGGUAACUUCAUCCCUAGAGAAAAAGUGGUGUAUUCAUAUAACAAAUAGAAAUAUGCUGCCCUUUUUUAACUGUUUAUGUAGAGAGAUAUUUGAUUUACAAUAAAAACAAUGCUCCCCACAUUUUCAUACCUUCCAUGCAUACAUGAUCUACUUUCAUCAGUGCCUGGCAGAUGCACUUUCAUAUACUAGACCUUUUCCAUUUUUUUAAAUUUUGACAUUCUUACUAUUCUAAAAAAAAAUUCGUAAAAUUAUAGUAAAUCAAUUAUUGCUUCUUUUAGUCUUCACAAAGCCUUACAAACUCAACUGAUGAGUGAUCAUUGAAAUACACAAAACUUUUUGAAUUCUCUAUUUUGUAGAUUUAUAGAAUUUUGUAACACACAUAUUCAAGUUGUUUGUGAUAGUAAAUGUAACAUUCAACUGUAACUGAAUAUGAUGAUGAUAUUUUCAAAAUACAUGUAUGUGAUGCUGUAUAUUCUCGGCUUGUGGAGAGUUAUCAAUUUUCUUUUAAAUGUACAUUAUUUCCUGUACCACAAUUGAUACAUUCUCAACUUAUAAAAUUAUACAUUCAUACCUUUCAUAAUAUAUUUGUAUCUGAAUAUGUUUUGGAGUGCUGUGUAUAUAUUAAGAAAUUGGCAAUCGCUGUAUGUGCAUGGCUAGCGGUCUUGUGUGUAUACAAGUUCACCCAAAAUGAAUUGACUUUAUCUGUUUAGCAAGUCACAUUGUGAAAUGAUUGGUUUUCUACUGUAUAUGUUAUCGCGUUCAUGGUUUCCUUAUUAUCCUUAUAUCCCUGUACAUAAACUUUAGCAGGUAGCAAGUUAAUAUCAUACAUAAUAUCCUUGCCAUUGUGUCUUCACGCUUGAAUAAGUGUGUCAAAGUUGUUGUUUUUUUGGGGGGAGGGGGACCUUUUACCUUCAAAGUUCUGGAUUGAAUAAUUUUCUUUUUAGGCCAUCAAAUAAAGUUUGCCAAAUCAUAAUUGAAGAUUUUAUCAACUAUUUCUGACAUUACCCCUUGAUGUAAAUUCUAACACACACACAAUAAAAUCUCAACUGUCAAAGAGAAAUAUUUAAAGCAUGAAACAGUGCACAGUUUAGAAAAAAAAUUGUUUGUGUCAAUGAAAACAACACCCCUGCCAAACAAAGGCAAUCCACCAUCAAUGAUGGAAACUAUAAAAUUGAAAUUGGCCUACAAGUACUAGCAAGCAAUUCAUUUCUUUGUAAGAAGAUAGUUGUGGGUAGAAAUAGUAGAGGUUGAUUACUUUUAGAGGCUGUUUGAGAACAUGCUGUUUUUCAAGAUUUCUUUUGCUGAACUUAUAUUUUAAGACUUCUUUUUUUUUAAUAAAUGAGACAUGUAUUGGUCCAUCAAUAUCUACUUUCUGAAUCAGACCUACAACAAAUAACAUGUAUAGGUCUUUGUGCAAUUAUGUUAUCCAUAACUAAUAUAUCAUGCAUGAUGUGAUGUUCAAAUUUUAGUAUUUCAUAAGAUGUUUCACUUAUCCUUUCAUUUUCAUCAUGAGUUAUGUUAUUUUGAUCAAAUAUUGAAUAGAAAAUAAAUACAUAUGUAUAUCAUUCUUAUAUUAAAUUUAA